GGAUCUCCGUCAGCAUCUCCACCUUUAGCCUCGUGGCCAUUGCCAUCGAGAGAUACAGUGCCAUAUGCAACCCGCUGAAGUCCCGGGCGUGGCAGACGAGAUCCCACGCCUACCGUGUCAUCGCUGCCACAUGGGUGGUGUCGUUGCUCAUCAUGGUGCCCUAUCCGGUGUUUAGUGCCCUGAAGACGUUCCCCAAAGCGAAUGGCACUGUGGGCCACAUGUGUCGUCUUGAUUGGCCCAGCCAGCAAGCCGAGCAGACCUGGUAUAUGCUGCUUCUGUUCACCUUGUUCUUCGUCCCGGGAGUGGUGAUGAUUAUAGCCUACGGUCUGAUCUCCAGGGAGCUCUACCGAGGCAUGCAGUUCGAGUUUGGCCACAACAAAGAGACCACUGGUCAGAAGAACGGCGUCGCAAAGCCUCUCACGGGGUCCAACGACGACGACGACGGCUGCUACAUCCAGGUGUCUAAAAAGCCCUCCUCUGCUGUGGAGCUCCCCACCCUCUCCGCCGCGGCCGCCGCCAACCAAGCCAAGACCGAGCGCGCCCGCAGCAACACCUCCGAGGCCAAGCUGCAGGCCAAGCGCCGCGUCAUCCGCAUGCUGAUGGUGAUCGUGGCGCUCUUCUUCGUCUGCUGGAUGCCGCUGUACACCGCCAACACCUGGAAGGCCUUUGACCUGAGGUCGGCGUCCAAAGCGCUCUCAGGAGCGCCCAUCUCCUUCAUCCACCUGCUGUCCUACACCUCGGCGUGCGUCAACCCCAUCAUCUACUGCUUCAUGAACAUGCGCUUCCGCAAGGCCCUGCUCUCCACCUUCGCCUGCUGCUGCCGCAACCGGCUCUGCCGCCGGUGCUGGUGGUGCGGGAGGAGGAGGGAGGCGGGGGAUGACGGCACCACCGCCGUCUCCAUGGCGACGUCCAUGGCCACCUCCAUGUCCAAGUUCAGCUACACCACGGUGAGCACCACCGGCACCUGCUGAGCCUGGAGGGGAAACCGCGGCAGUCACAUCAGACUCCCCUGCGCCAUCUGUUUGACCGACUUCCCCCCCCGCCCUCAUUGAGGAAGCCUUUUAUUUUUUCAAAUUGUAUUUUAUUGAUGAAGCCUUUACACAAGGUCUCCUUCAGCUAUGUGUGCAUGGCUGCAGAAUGUGAGGUGGAGAAAACACCGUUUCAGUUUGGUGAAGCUCAUCCCCCCAUCCUCCUCUCUCUCUCUCUCUUUUAUUGGCAGCAUCCGCUUUGUUGCAUCCUGAGAAAGAACAUCAAGUGCCUGUGCUCUGUGUGUGGCUUUGUGUGUUCUGGUAGUUCGUUCACUGGCUGAUGGA